AUGCGUUUCUUCCUCGUCUUACUCCUCGCUGCGAUGCAGCUCUGCGGCGUCAACGCUAUCUUGCGACUUCAGAAGUGCGGCACAGCGUUUGACAAAAACUGGGUGUCAAACUGCAGUCCCACGGAUCAGGAUGGCUGCUAUUCUCUUUGCAGCAACAAGUGCCGCACUGCUAGUGGAAGAUGGAUGGCGAACGGUGCCGACUGCGACUGCUACUGCUAGAAGAUUGGCAACGUGAACGCAGUUUUUACUCGAUUUGAUGCAUUCUGUUCGUUUCUCAGCUGCAUAAGGCUCAUGUGUUACGAAGGGAUCAUUAAUAGGCAGAAGGAUCGUAGUUCAAUACAGAAUAGUCAAUUCCUUAUCAAUAGCGCAACCGGUCCAUCCUGAGAGCAGCAGCUACCAAGACGCAAGACAACGUCUUCGUGCCUACGCGGGAGGCAGUUGAUGAACCGUUUCGUUUCUCCCGCCUCCUUGUCUCUGGCUGAUCCUCUGCUUUCUCUUCUAACUCCCUUCUCUUUGCACGCUCCACUACCGAGGGCUCGAUGUGUAUACACUGAGGAAUACCAAAUAGGUCAAAUGAGAUCUUGAAAGCAAGGAAAGAGCUAGGAACU